UUUUAUUUUUGUUUGUUUUUUCUAUUCUCUCUUUUUAAUUUUUUUUUAGCAAAUCCCUUGUAUGUAGAUCUGUCCCUAUUCCUCCCUCUGAUUACCCAAACGAUUCAUUGUAAAUCUUUCUCGAGCGAUAUAGAACCCCAAUUCAGCGAUUCAUCUAUCUUGUACAUUAUAUAUGGAUUUCAUGAAGGUGAUCGAUCAAACUGUUCGUGAGAUAAAGAGAGAAGUGAAUUUGAAAGUAUUAAAGGUUCCAGAGAUUGAACAGAAGGUAUUAGAUGCAACUGAUGACGAACCUUGGGGUCCACAUGGUACCGCAUUAGCAGAAAUUGCACAGGCAACUAAAAAAUUCUCUGAAUGUCAGAUGGUUAUGAACGUCUUGUGGACAAGAUUAACUGAAACCGACCGUAAUUGGCGCCUUGUGUACAAGGCAUUAGCUGUAAUAGAGUAUUUGGUGGCAAAUGGGUCCGAACGGGCAGUUGACGACAUUAUAGAACAUACUUUCCAGAUCUCUUCGCUCUCCUCUUUCGAAUACAUUGAACCAAAUGGAAAAGACAGUGGAAUCAACGUGAGAAAAAAAGUUGAAAACAUAGUAUCGUUGCUGAACGAUAAAGAUAAGAUACAAGCGGCUAGAAACAAAGCCAUUGCAAAUCGAGAUAAGUACGUUGGAUUAUCAUCAACUGGAAUUACAUUUAGAUCUGGCUCAGCACCAUCACUGAGCAGCAGAAGUAAUCAGUAUGACGGGUUUGGUAGUUCGAGAGAUGGUGAAACGUUUAGAGAUCAAUCAAACGAAGAUAGGUUUGAACCGGGUAAAUAUAAGCCACGCAAAGAGGUUGGCAGCGGGAGCUCCAAAAAAGGGUCUUCUCGUUAUGGAAGCUCCGUUCAAGACUCAUCAGCUACUAAUGCGUCAAAACCAUCAACAAAGAAUGCUGCUGAUAAAUAUUCCUCAAUUCCCGCACAAACGUCUAGUGCACCUACAAACAAUAAUGAUGAUGAUGAUUUUGAUGAUUUCGAUCCUCGAGCAACAUCAAAUACAAAGGCGGUCAGUGGAAGCUCUCCACACGUGGAUUUGUUUGAACAGAGUUUAAUCGGUGACCUUUUGGAUGCACCGACAUCUGUCCCUAAACAGAAUUUCAACGGAAAUAGCAAGUCAGAAGAAGUUGAUUUGUUUGCCGAUGCUGCUUUUGUAUCAGCACCAACAAAUCCUAAAAUUGAUCUUUUUGCGUCUCCACCUGCAAGUUCUGCAGCUCCUCCGGUUGUUGACUUUUUUGCAUCUCCACCUGCAAGCUCUGCGGUUUCUCCCGCUGUUGACUUUUUUGCGGCUCCUGUACAAGUGGAACCUGAGGUCAAACCAGUAGAAUCUAAAACAAUGUCAACCCAAGCUGACCCGUUUGACCCAUUUGCUGCAGUUCCAAUGAACAAUUUUGAUAAUUCCGACUUUUUUGGUUCGUUCUCUUCUCAUACGGGUUCGGAAUCCACAGAGCCCACACAGGUCUUCAUGGAUAGUGGCAACCCGAACAACCAAAACCAUAAAACUUCAGCUGCAUCCAGACAUUCGUUAAAGAAAGACGGGUUUCAAGUCAAAUCUGGUGUUUGGGCCGAUUCUUUGAGCCGUGGGCUAAUUGAUCUUAAUAUAUCUGGACCCAAGAAGGUAGACCUGACUGACGUGGGCAUUGUUGGCGGUUUGUCUGUUGGGGUCGAAGAGAAGGAUAAGGGACUUCCAAAUUCUUUGUACAUGGGUCGAGCUAUGGGCAUUGGAUCUGGGCUCGGUAAGUCCACUGGUUUCACUACUUCGGCAACAACGGAUAUGGAUGAUUUCUUUUCUAGCCUUGGCGGGCCACAAAAUCAAUAUGGUUCGUUCCAAAAGUGAAACCUUCUUUUAUUGGUUUCACAAAGUUUAUACAGUUACAUGUAAAAUAUUUUGUUGAAGUGUGAGAUCGUUUGGUGUGUCGAUAACCUUGUAGCAAUUUAUGAGAUUUUUUUGAGUGUUUUACGCUGGUGAUGCUUCAUGCAUAUGAUGAAUCAUCACACUUGUACUCGUCGGUGCUGCAAACAAUUUUACUCCUGGAUUUGUACCUUACUUCCUGGCAAUAGUGUGUAUGGAUUUAUCUGAAAUAUCCCGCUGGGUCGAGGCUUCUGUAUCA